AUGAUGAGAGCAAAGCUGGAGGAGAUACGCGAGGUGAGCCAGGCCUCGGCGCUGGCGCUGGCGCUGGCGCUGCUACGCCGUGCGGAGGAGAAGGGUGGAUUGUGGGAGAAAUGGGAGGACGGACGGAUCAUGGAUACUCCGGCGACGCUGGAGCCGCCGGUGGGUACACGUCUUAAUCAGGCAAAACCGGGCGACAUGAAAGACAAUUGA